CAUAUACGCAUUCAUACAACUUCAAUCAUCUUGAAAACCGUAUGUACGUUUAUGUCCAUAAUACUUCAGAAAUUCUACAAGCAUUAAGAAAUGGUUUCGAAGUUGAAGAUGGACGUGAGAUCAAUGUUCGUGCUGAGUUUGAAGUUAAGCAUUCUUAUUUUGAUCACCUUCAGCAUGCUGUAGUGAUAGCUCCAGAUUACGUAAAGCGAUGUCUCCUACCUGAUGCCAUGUCUUUUAGUAGCUUGUUCCUUACAUUUGGUUUGCAAUAUUCUAGAUCCUUCUUCAUGAAACUAGAUGAAAGCUACCAGCUGGAAGCUUUAAGGAUGAUCACAUCAGAUUCAUCUCAACCCUCACCUUUAGCAUGCCCUCCUCCUGUUAUUCUUUAUGGUCCGUUUGGCUCUGGUAAAACUCGAAUUCUCGCUCGAGCUGCAUUUGAGAUAAUGGUUAAUGGAGUUGUUUCUAAAAAGACAACCAGAAUUCUUAUUUGUGCUCACCAUGAGCAGUCAAUAGAAACAUUCAUCUUUUGGUACUUUGGACCAAUUGCAAAAAGGCAGCACCUUCCUUUUGAUGUUGUCCUCAUUGGUAGAAAUGAAAACAGUGGAGUCUAUUCUAACAUGUACAUGUCAAUGGAUCGUUUUAUUAAUGUAGCUUCUUCAAAUAUAAAGAGGUUGCGUCAUGUUCUCAUUAUCGCUACAUAUACCAUGUCUCUGAGGUUACAUGGAUGCCUCAAAUCUGCAGAUGGUUUCUUCACACAUCUUUUUCUUGAUGAAGCAGCUCAAGUUCGUGAGCCUGAAGCGAUCAUACCACUUGUUCUAGCUACUAGAAAUGCCAAGAUAGUGUUAGCUGGUGACAAUAGACAGGUUGGUCCCAACAUUUUAGUAUUGGGAGAAGAAGCAAGAAAAUUUGGCCUUCAUAUUUCACUUUUGGAGCGUUUAAUGAAGAGAUAUGAAGAAAUUGGCCCAGUAGCUGCAAGCUAUGUAACCAAGUUGUCAGUAAAUUAUAGAUCACAUGAGUCUUUAAUAGCUUUGCCAAAAUUAUUUUAUGACAACUUAGAACUAAACACUGCCAACGCUUUAAAUGAAAGGAGUGGUCCUACUGGCUAUAGUUUUGUAUGCUCUGAUUCUAAAUUGGUGCCUACAUACAUAGACAGAGACCAUCCUUUUGUUGAAGCCUGUAUUGUCUUAGAAGAAGUGCGGUCUUAUUUAAAAGUAAUGGAGCAAAUGAAGAUUAAUCUUGAUCCAAGACAGAUUUGUAUCAUUACAUCAACCAGGAAACAAUUGAAUCAUAUCAGAGACAUGGCAUAUCAGUAUAAAGAAUAUGAGGCUGCAAGAAAAGUUUGUUUCAAACCUUCUUUUAUGAUACUAGGUCAUGAAUUUCAUGCUAUUUUCUUAAGCCUGUUUGAGCCAAUACAAAAUGAUGAAAUGAAUGCCUUUUAUGUCAAGAGUUUAUUCAAUCCUUUUGUUUUUAAUACUGUAAUCACAAAGGCCAAAUUUCGAGUAGUUGCAGUUGGAAGACUGAAUGAGGUUCAACAGUUUGAAAAUGACACACUUUCUCAUUCUUGUCGAAGUGAUAACAGAGUAAAAUGCUGGCAUGAAUACCUAUCCUUGUGCAGAAGACAAGGAACUUUGCACAAUGAAAAAGCAGAGAUUGAACCAAGCAUAUUGCCACAGAUUGAUACUAGAGGAGGUAAAG